AUGUCGGCCGAAGGGGUUGAUGGCUCCAACCCGGGGCGCAUGUGCCUCAGCGCCCUCGGUACCCUCGAGGCCAACGACCUCGAGCCCCCCACGUCGACAUCGCCAGCGCUGCGGCCACCUCAACCCGAUGACAUCUGGGCCGGCCAGCAGACAGCCAGGUCUGCAUAUUCAACGUGUCGCCCAUCGACCACAGCGCCGGAUGACCUGCCCGGCCUGUCUUUUGCGCAAUAUUGCGUAGCCAUCUCGGCCGCUUCACCGGAAGCGCACCGUCAACAACUCUCUUCGGCCUUUUCAGACUACAGCGUCGAGACAGUCGUACCCGUGAAGCCGAAGCGAAGGAUAUAUCGCGUGCCUUCGUACGGACUCCUCGCAAGGUUUCUGCCCAAGGUCGAUAAAAGCUCCGACAAUUCGAAGCCUGUGGACGAGAAGGUCACUGGCGGCGGGAAGAGGUCCAAGCAGACAAGACUGCAAAGGUUCUUGAAGAAAUAUCGGCCUCGGUUGAGGAAACAGCAAGAGUCGCCUGUUUCGAAGACGGACCAGCCACGGAAGAAGGACAGUGUGUUGGAGCCGCUUACUAUCUUAAAUAAUGCCGACCGACCACUGUCCGCAGAGUUAGCACCUUGA